AUGGAGGAUAUCAGAUACAGAGGGAAAAAAAGAGAGGGAAGACACAUAAAUACAUGGGAUCCAUUCCAACUGAACCCCAUCGGAGCAGAAAAGGAGAAGAAGCAACAUUGCUUUAUUCUGGCCCAGUACCUGGUGGCUGUCAUUGUGGGGAUAGCGGUUCUGACCAGCGCUGUCAUUGCUAAGGGCAGUCUCUUGGUUCUGUCAACAUUGUCCAGUCCAAGUUCCAUGCGCAGCCCAAAGGAAAAGCAGUUUUAUAUGUUGAUGCUGGUCUUCUGUCUGGUCUGUCCGAACUUCCUGGUGUUCAUAAAAUCCCUGUGGCGGUGUACCUUCAAGAGCUUUAUAAAGCCCAACAUGAAGACCAUGUCAUUCGUUUGUUUGAUUGAAUGUUUGGUGUCUCUUGGUACUUCAGUUCUGGUGCUCAUCGUUAUGCCUCAGUUUGACGUACUGACCAAUCUCUUCAUCAGUGGAGGAGUCUGUAUUGUCUCUGCAAUAUUGCAGAUUGUGUAUAGACUUCAAAGAGAAACCUGGAGAAUUGUGUUCCCCAUCUGCUCCCUUAUUCUCACGGUUGCAGGUUACUGCCUCCUGGGACUUGACUACUAUGUCCGUGUGUCAUCAUAUGUUGAUCGACAAAGCGCCGAUUGCUUUUUCUACGUUGGCGUUGGAAUUUUCUGUUCAAUCCUUAUCUCCCUCUGCUGGUGGGAAAAUCCUCUGCAGGCUACAAACCGCAUGCAGAGUACACUGACAGAACUGGAUGGAUUCAGGGAUUUCGUCUUUGUCAUCAGCAGCAUUCUGAGGAUUUUAGUAAUAGGGGCGGUAUACCUGAUCUACUAUGCACUCAUGGAGAAGUCCAUUGUCUGGACCGACUUCAACCUGCAGAAAGAUGAAUGGGAACUCCUCCAAACAGGACUGGUGCUCUUUUUCUUGCAGGCCUUCUGCUCUGCAGCCUGCCACUGGUUUGGCGUUGUGGCCUGCAAAAUCCAUGCUGUCAGAAUGAGUUUUGCCCUGCCGCUAUGUUGCACUGGACCUACAGUACUGCUGUUGGGACUAGUUCUGUUCAUUGCUCAGGCACAAGCACUGGAUGGUGCACAGCAUGGGUCCAUAACUGCAUUUUGUGAAAGUCUGAUCUUCCUGAGUAACAAGAACACAACCCCUGUGGCCUUACUUGAGGUUACCAAGAGCAUCUGCCGAACUUCACUGAACAGCUACUACUUGCAAUGGCCUUUUCUGAUGCUGGCUCUGGAGGGACUGUGCAUGUGGUCAGGCUUCGUCACAUGUACUUACUAUGUGUGGAAGCUUAAGGUCCAACGUAUCGAGAGGACCUCUCAGCUCUUUGUUCGUAGGCUCUAUGAAUCUGCUUUCAUCGACCUGUCCCUUCUACUCAACACCAAAAUGAAGCUCCCAAAAGCCCAAAAUCAAGAGAGCCAAGAUGAACUGCAGAACUGUGUGAUUUAUCUUUGUGCCACCAUGUGGCAUGAGACUUAUGAUGAAAUGCUGAAGAUUCUCACCUCCAUGUUCAGGUUGGACCGCUAUCGAGGUGACCCAAAGGAGGAACAUAAGGACUGUUUUGAUUUUGAGUGUCACAUUUAUGUGGAUGAUGCUUUCAUGACUGAAAAGGAAACAGGAAAGAGGCUUGUUAAUUCCUAUGUCAAUGACUUGAUUAGAGUUGUGAUAGAGGUUUAUAGGGUGUUUACCAACAAAGAGCCAGAUGACGUGUCUAUUAUUGAGGCUCCUUAUGGUGGGAGGCUGAUGUUUGUCCUGCCAGAAGGCAACAUGCUCUAUGUCCACCUAAAAGACAAAAGUCUCAUCAGGAACAAGAAAAGAUGGUCCCAGAUAAUGUACCUGUAUUAUCUGCUUGGCUGGAAGGGUUAUAUUGUGAAGAAUCCCCAAAAGAUUCCACGCCAAAACAAUACCAGAGAAAGUUUGAUCUCUAUGGACGGUGAGAUUUUCCUAAUGCCUCAAUAUGACAAUGACAACAAGAGAAAAUUCAUCUCAGAUGACAACACAUACAUACUGGCUUUGGACGGAGACACCGACUUCCAACCAAAGGCAGUGAUUCUGCUUGUAGACAGGCUGAGGAUGUAUGAGAAUGUAGGUGCAGCAUGUGGUAGGAUCCACCCUACUGGUAUGGGUCCUAUGGUUUGGUACCAGAAAUUUGAAUAUGCUGUAGGCCACUGGCUACAGAAGACAGCAGAACAUGUGUUUGGCUCCGUGUUGUGCAGUCCAGGAUGUUUCAGCCUGUUUCGAGGGUCAGCCUUGAUGGAUGACAAUGUCUUAAAGAGGUACACAACAACUGCAACAAGAGCUUCAGAAUAUGUGCAAUAUGACCAAGGGGAGGAUCGUUGGCUAUGCACUUUGCUGCUGCAACAGGGCUGGCGUGUGGAAUACAAUGCUGCAUCAGAUGCAUACACCAACUCACCACAGGAAUUCAAAGAGUUCUAUAACCAGAGGAGGCGAUGGGGACCUUCUACAUUGGCUAACACACUGGACGUUUUGCACAGUUCCGCAGAGACUGUGAAAAGAAACUCAUCCAUCUCCAGGCUUUAUAUCCUCUAUCAGAUGUUCACUGUUGGAUCUUCUAUCCUUGGCCCAGCCUCUGUCACUCUAAUGAUAGCAGGAGCUUUUCAGUUUAUCUUCAAAAUGGCUGGAACUACUUCCAUAAUCAUCGCAAGCGUUCCCCCUGUGUUCUACAUCAUCAUCUGCUUUACGACCAAGGCUAACACUCAGAUAACAAUUGCUGGCAUCAUGAGUGUUCUUUAUGCAUUUCUCAUGACCGCAUCCUUCUUUUCCAUCAUUGGUGACAUGGUGAUGCAGGGCACCUUCCUGACCCCUACAGGAUUGUUUUUGGUUUCAAUGGCAAUCAUGUACUUGGUGACAGCCAUACUACAUCCAGAGGAAUUUGGGAUGAUUAUCUAUGGUCUGAUGUAUUUCAUCUGUAUCCCCAGUGGAUACCUCCUACUGACCAUCUACUCACUGGUUAACAUGCACAUUGUGUCUUGGGGCACAAGAGAAUCCAACAAGGGAGAGGGAGAAGUAAAGAAAAACCGAAACCUUCUGUGUGAUAGAAACUGUACCCUCUGCUGCUGGGACAUGAAGCUCCAGAUCACCCAAGAAACGGAGAAUAUGAUGCUUCAACAGAUCACAGCGCAGACUGCACAGAAAGUCCAUGCACUUACAGCCCCCAACCAUCAACAGCCUCAACAGGCACCCUCAACAAUGGAACUUCAAAGCAAGCAUGCUGCCGACACUGAAGAUGACACAGAAGUGAAACACCUUCUCUCUGAUGAAUACAAUCACAGAAGCAGUGACCUCGGUACCAGUCGCAGUGAUGACAGUGCUGAGAGAAUCAGCUCAAACAUGAGUUCAUCUGAUGAAGAUGAUGACGAUGACAACUUUGCGACAGCUGAUUUAGAGGAAACAAAUGAGAUUGCUUUUAGCGACUGGGUGAUGCCUGUAAAAGAAGAGUUUUUGAAGAAGCUGACUUUUGCCAACAUGAAGGGAAAUCUAGAAGAACAAAUAAGAUACACACUCCGCAACAAAAACCAGGAUGACGUGUGUGAUGAGCUAGUUCUAAUGUUAACAGACACGCUUAAUAUUGAGCUCAGCUCAGUGGGGCCUGAGGAUAUUUUGCCACAGAUUAAGCUUGAGGAGCUGCAAUAUGCCCUGACAAAGCAGGCUCGCCAAAUCCUGAAAAGCAGUCGGAUGAUGAAAUUAGAAAGAAGGGUGAAAAGAGCCAUUGAAAAAACUCUCACUGCCCCAAGAGUGCAAAAACUAGACGAGGGUGAGAAUGACUUCUGGAUCAAGCUACUUGAACGCUACUUGGGACCGAUAGUGGAAUCACCAGCACACAAAGAGGAAGUCACCAGGGAACUGAAAUCACUGCGCAACAAGGCGGUAUUCCUUUAUUUCAUCAUCAAUGUGCUCUGGGUAGUGGCUACCUUCUUCCUGCAGGCCAUUGGGAAUGAUAUCAUCAGCAUCAAGAUUCCCAAAUAUACCAUAGGUUCAAAUAGCACUGACGAAUACCUUAAGGUGGAGCCCCUCAGUUUGAUGUUCUUACUGUCCUUUGCUGUUCUAUUGCUUGUCCAGUUUCUUGCGAUGCUGUAUCACAGGGUCUACACCUUGAUCCACGUCGUGUCUUAUCGCAGCACAGAGAAAGACUACAAAGUGAAAGACGAUGAGGAUGAAGAGGAACUCACCGUGGAGAACCAGUAUGCCAUCUCCAUUAGCAGUGAGGACUUGUAA